UCCCCCGUGUAAGAGUGAGGUGGAGGAGGACAUUCCAGGAGAUGUCACCACAGAAAAUCCCAGUUUGAAUUCGGAUGGAAACUUCAUAUUAUCACUGAAUUAUAAAUCAGAAGAUGAAGACAUCAUGCAGUGCUCUCCAGUAGAAAACCUUAAUGUACAUUCAGGACUUCACAGUACAGAUCUAUCAUAUAAUCCCCCUAAUUAUGAGGAACCCUCUCCUAACCAAUCACAGAUUGUUAUCACAAGUACAGGUCAGAAAGGGGUUGAAAGAUUUCAAUGCGGUGAAGAGUUCCCAAAAAGUUCAGGUCUUUCUUCAAACAGAAGAAUUCACACUGGUGAGAAGCCAUAUUCCUGUUCAGAAUGUGGGAAGUGCUUUACAGAUAAAUCAAAUCUUGUUGCACAUGUGAAAAGUCACAUAGGACAGAAGCCAAAUUCAUGUUCAGAAUGUGGGAAAUGUUUUACACGGAAAUCACAUCUUUUUACACAUAAGAAAAUUCACACUGGAGAGAAACCAUAUUUAUGUUUAGAAUGUGGGAAGUAUUUUACACAAAAAUCAGAUCUGGUUACCCAUGAGAGACGUCACACAGGAGAGAAGCCAUAUUCAUGUUCAGAAUGUGGGAAAUGUUGUACACAAAAAUCAGGGCUCGUUAAACAUCAGAGAAUUCACACAGGAGAAAAGCCGUAUUUAUGUUCAGAAUGUGGGAAGCGCUUUUCAGAUAAAACAAGUCUUGUUACACAUAAGAGACAUCACACAGGGGAGAAACCAUAUUUAUGUUCAGAGUGUGGGAAAUGUUUUACCCAAAAAUCAAAUCUUGUUAUACACAAGAGAAUUCACACAGGAGAGAAGCUGUAUUCAUGUUUAGAAUGUGAAAAAUGUUUUACACGAAAAUCACAUCUUGUUAAACAUAAGAAAAGUCAUACAGGAGAGAAGCCGUAUUCAUGCUCAAAAUGUGGGAAAUUUUUUACACAAAAAUCAGAUCUUGGCAAACAUGAAAUAAGUCACAUAGGAGAGAAGCCGUAUUCAUGUUCAGAAUGUGGAAAUUGUUUUACACACAAACUGAAUCUUGUUAAACAUCAGAGAAUUCACACAGGGGAAAAGCCAUAUUCAUGUUCAGAAUGUGGGAUAUGUUUCAUACAAAAAUCUGAUCUUGUUACACAUGAGAGAAGUCACACAGGAGAGAAACCAUAUUCAUGUUCAGAAUGUGGGAAGGGCUUUUCUGAGAAAUCAAAUCUUGUUAGACAUGAGAAAAGUCAUACAGGAGAGAAACCAUAUUCAUGUUCAGAAUGUGGGAAUUGUUUUACACAGAAAUCAAAUCUUGUUAAACAUCAGCGAAUUCACACAGGGGAGAAGAUGUAUUCAUGUUCAGAAUGUGGGAAAUGUUUUACCCAAAAAUCAAAUCUUGUUACACACGAGAGAAUUCACACAGGAGAGAAGCCGUAUUCAUGUUCUGAAUGUGGGAAAUGUUUUACACAAAAAUCAUAUCUUAAAUCGCAUCUUGUUAAACAUGAGAGAAUUCACACAAGGGAGAAGCCAUAUUCAUGUUCAGAAUGUGGGAAAUGUUUUACAUAUAAUUCACAACUAGUCAAACAUGAAAGAAACCACACAGGAGAAAAGCCUUAUUCAUGUUCAGAAUGUGGGAAAUGCUUUACAGAGAAAUCAAAUCUUGUUACACAUGAGAGAAUUCACACAGGAGAGAAGCCAUAUUCAUGUUCAGAAUGUGGGAAAUGUUUUGCAUAUAAUUCACAACUAGUCAAACAUGAAAGAAACCACACAGGAGAAAAGCCUUUUUCAUGUUCAGAAUGUGGGAAAUGCUUUACAGAGAAAUCAUAUCUUGUUAAACAUGAGAGAAUUCACGCAGAAGAGAAGCCAUAUUCAUGUUCAGAAUGUGGGAAAUGUUUUACAUAUAAUUCACAACUAGUCAAACAUGAAAGAAACCACACAGGAGAAAAGCCUUAUUCAUGUUCAGAAUGUGGGAAAUGCUUUACAGAGAAAUCAAAUCUUGUUACACAUAAGAGAAUUCACACAGGAGAGAAGCCAUAUUCAUGUUCAGAAUGUGGGAAAUGUUUUACAUAUAAUUCACAACUAGUCAAACAUGAAAUAAACCACACAGGAGAAAAGCCUUUUUCAUGUUCAGAAUGUGGGAAAUGCUUUACAGAGAAAUCACAUCUUGUUAAACAUGAGAGAAGUCACACGGGAGAGAAGCCAUAUUCAUGCCCAAAAUGUGGGAAAUGUUUUGCACAAAAAUCAGCUCUUGUUAGACAUGAGAAAAGUCACACAGGAGAGAAGCCGUUUCCAUGUUCAGAAUGUGGAAAAUGUUUUACACGGAAAUCACAUCUUGUUAGACAUGAGAAAAGUCACACAGGAGAGAAGUCAUAUUCAUGUUCAGAAUGUGGGAAAUCUUUUACACAAAAAUCAGAUCUACUUAAACAUGAGAAAAUACACACCGGGGCAAAGCCGUUUUCAUGUUUAGAAUGUGGGAAAUGUUUUACACAGAAAUCACAUCUUGUUACACAUGAAAGAAUUCACACGGGAGAGAAAGCAUAUUCAUGUUCAGUAUGUGGGAAAUGUUUUAGACAAAAAUCAGAUCUACUUAAACAUGAGAAAAAACACACUGGGGCAAAGUCGUUUUCAUGUUCAGAAUGUGGGAAAUGUUUUACACAAAAAUCAAAUCUUGUUAUACAUGAAUUCACAUAUCAGAUAAGUCACAAAGGAGAGAAGCUGUUUUCAUGCUCAAAAUGCAAGAAGCGCCUUUCAGAUAAAUAAAAUCUUGUUAUACAUAUCACACAAGGACCAUUUUCAUAUAUAUUUAACAUACUAGGCAAUUCAUUGUCUUUAAAGGGGUUGUCCACCUUUAACAUGUUAUAUCAGACCCCACAUAGUGGCCAGACCCGUGGUAGUGAUCAUACUAACCUGGUCCCCGCUGCUGGGUUCUGGCUAAUCUGUGUUCAUAUCUGGGCAUGUAACUGCUGUAGCCAAUGAAUGGCAGCGAAGUAUUACCCAUUUGGCAUGUGACCCUGUGACAUGCCACACAGGUGAUAUGUCACCGCUGCCGGCAUUCAUUGGCUGCUAUGUUCAUGUUCUCAGGGUCCCGUGGAGUCGACUGGGCAGGAGAGGGAGCCCAAUGACGAGGACCAGGUAACUAUAAUCAGCAUUGCAUAUCUGGCCACUCUGUGGAGUCUGAUAUAACAACCCCUGUACAACCCCUUAAUCUUCUUUAAUAGGCCGGUGAGCAACAUGGCCUCUUCGUAGGCCAGUAAAGUACUGUUCAUGGGUCACAUGGCUUAUUUGUAGCUCACUCCUAUUAAAGAGAAUGGG